CCGCCGCCACCGCAGACAAAGCGCCCGAGGUGGGCGUCCCGCGGGCAGCCCUUGCCUCCGCGCCGCCUGCCGGGUGCGGCCGCGGCCCGCCGAGCCUGGGCGGCCCGCGUCUCGCCUCCCGGGCGCCCUUGUUCAUUUCUGGGUGAAAGGGACCCGAAACGUGCAACAGAGAGGAAAAUUUACUGGAGGAAGUUUACUGGAGUAAAAUGGAGGCCUCAGUAAUAUUACCCAUUUUGAAGAAAAAACUAGCCUUUCUUUCAGGAGGAAAGGACAGACGAAGUGGCCUCAUUCUGACAAUUCCAUUAUGCCUAGAACAGACAAAUAUGGAUGAGCUGAGUGUCACCUUAGACUACCUACUCAGCAUUCCAAGUGAGAAGUGUAAGGCUAGAGGAUUUACCGUGAUUGUGGAUGGCAGAAAAUCCCAAUGGAAUGUGGUGAAAACAGUAGUCUUAAUGCUACAGAAUGUUGUUCCAGCUGAAGUGUCCCUUGUUUGUGUAGUGAAGCCAGAUGAAUUCUGGGAUAAGAAAGUAACACAUUUUUGUUUUUGGAAAGAAAAGGACAGACUUGGCUUUGAGGUUAUUUUAGUAUCUGCCAAUAAAUUGACUCGUUAUAUAGAACCAUGCCAGUUAACGGAAGAUUUUGGUGGGAGUCUCACCUAUGAUCACAUGGAUUGGUUAAAUAAGAGGCUGGUUUUUGAGAAGUUUACAAAGGAAUCUACAUCAUUAUUAGAUGAACUUGCAUUGAUUAACAAUGGAAGUGAUAAAGGAAAUCAGCAAGAGAAAGAAAGGUCUGUGGAUUUAAACUUUCUUCCAUCAGUUGAUCCUGAAACUGUUCUUCAGACAGGGCAUGAAUUGUUAUCCGAAUUACAGCAGCGUCGAUUUAAUGGCUCAGAUGGAGGGGUCUCGUGGUCUCCUAUGGAUGAUGAACUGCUUGCACAGCCACAGGUUAUGAAAUUAUUAGAUUCACUGCGAGAGCAAUAUACCCGCUACCAGGAAGUUUGUCGGCAACGAAGUAAGCGUACACAGUUAGAAGAGAUUCAGCAGAAGGUGAUGCAGGUUGUGAACUGGCUUGAAGGGCCUGGAUCAGAGCAGCUGAGAGCCCAGUAGGGAAUUGGAGACUCCAUCCGGGCGUCCCAGGCCCUGCAGCAGAAGCAUGAAGAGAUCGAGAGCCAGCACAGUGAAUGGUUUGCAGUUUAUGUGGAGCUUAAUCAGCAGAUUGCAGCACUCUUAAAUGCUGGGGAUGAAGAAGAUCUUGUGGAACUGAAGUCGCUUCAGCAACAACUUAGUGAUGUUUGUUAUCGACAGGCCAGUCAGCUGGAAUUUAGGCAGAAUCUGCUACAAGCAGCUCUUGAAUUUCAUGGUGUUGCCCAAGAUUUGUCUCAGCAGUUGGAUGGCUUAUUAGGGAUGUUGUGCGUAGAUGUAGCACCAGCUGAUGGAGCAUCGAUUCAGCAAACUUUAAAACUGCUUGAAGAGAAGCUGAAAAGUGUUGAUGUAGGAUUGCAAGGUUUGCGUGAAAAAGGUCAAGGUCUUCUGGAUCAGAUCUCCAAUCAGGUAUCCUGGGCCUAUGGAAAGGAUGUAACCAUUGAAAACAAGGAAAAUGUGGACCACAUACAAGGAGUGAUGGAAGACAUGCAGCUUAGGAAACAAAGAUGUGAAGACAUGGUAGAUGUGCGAAGAUUAAAGAUGCUUCAGAUGGUACAGUUGUUUAAAUGUGAAGAAGAUGCUGCCCAGGCAGUAGAAUGGCUCAGUGAACUUCUGGAUGCUCUUCUUAAGACACACACCAGAUUGGGGGAUGAUGCUCAGGAAACGAAAGUUCUGCUGGAGAAGCAUAGAAAAUUUGUUGAUGUUGCACAGAGCACUUAUGACUACGGAAGACAGUUGCUGCAGGCCACAGUUGUGCUGUGCCAGUCUUUGUGCUGCACCUCUCGAUCAUCUGGGGAUACACUUCCUCGACUGAACAGAGUGUGGAAACAGUUUACAAUCGCCUCUGAAGAGAGGGUGCAUAGGCUGGAAAUGGCUAUUGCCUUUCACUCAAAUGCUGAAAAGAUUUUACAAGACUGUCCAGAAGAGCCUGAAGCUAUUAAUGAUGAGGAGCAGUUUGAUGAAGUUGAAGCAGUUGGGAAAUCACUUUUAGAUAGACUGACUGUUCCUGUAGUUUAUCCUGAUGGAACUGAACAAUAUUUUGGGAGCCCAAGUGACAUGGCUUCUACUGCAGAACACAUCAGAGACAGGAUGAAACUAGUUAGUCUCAAAAGGCAGCAGCUGAGACAUCCAGAAAUGAUGACUACAGAGAGCUAAUAGCUGCCUUCUUCCCAGAGACCUGCUGUUCAUAAUCCCGCAUGUCGUCAGCAUACUCCAGCAUUAGCUACAAUACGUUAAGAUGCAUUUCACAGCCAGGAUAAGCCUCAUUUCUUUCCAUUACACAUUUCUCUCCACAUGUUAACACCUUGCAAUUACCAAGGCAGAAUUGUUUAACAUGCUUUGAGAUCAUAGACUCCAAGUAUCUCAAAAGAAGGAACUGUAAACAUUGCACUGAAAACUUGCUUUAAAGCUUUACCUGACCUGUCAGUUUGUAGACGAACAACUGAUAAUAAGCUUUGAAUGGUGCUAAUAUGAGUGUAGAAAUUCUCUCUAUAAAAAAUGGUUGCCCUUCCUCCCCAGGUGACGUAGUAAAUUUAGACUGUAGCUCAACUGUUAUUAGUAGACAGUGGUGUCCUCAAAAUUUUGCUUUGUAAUUCUCCUUCAAAUUUGAUUAUUUUUAUUGUGUCAGUAUGAAGAAAAACCUUCAGAUUUUUGAUAUAUCAUAUUCAUUAAAAUACAUUUUCCUAUUUGUAUUGAUAAUGUAUUAAAAGUUGUUUGUGCUUAAUAAAAGGCUUCUUUUAAACACCUUAAAAAAAAAAAAAAAAAAA